AAGAAACUGCGUAUUUGAGAAUUAAAUAAUUCAGUGCUCAAGAUAGAUAUCUAACUUAUUUGAGAAACACUUGCAGUUUCGGUGACGUCCCAUUUUUACCAACGUGAAUACCCACCGCAGUUUCAGGGAAAUAAGAAUCAUAUUGCCUAUUGAUAAAAUAGUAAGUUUGAUCAAGAUGUUUGGCUCAACGAAUUUUUGGCCCGCUUCUGGUGCUGCUGUUUUUCUGCUACUUCUCUGCAGCUUUGGGGCAGAUGGAGAGGAUCAGGAUUUUGUUGAGGAUGGGACCUUUUUCUGUGUGAAUUGUGCGGAGGGGGUAGAGUGCUGCAGUGGGGUGAUGGGACUUCCCUUCUGUUGUGACCCUUCCCUCUAUGCCGUUCAGAAGGUCAUGUGGGCUGCUUCUGUGGUAGAAAAACUCUCACUGGGCGGCCAUUUGGUCACAUGCCAAUCUAACGACGAUUGUCCUACUAUUGGAGGGGCGCUUCUCAAAAUGGUGGAUGACAAUGCGGGUGGGGACUACUGUUGUCCAUUGGAGAACAUGUGUUGCCCAUUUGGGAAGUAUUUGGAGGAGAACUACUGUAUGCUGAGUUAUUCCUUCGGGGGACCCGCCAUUUUCAGCAUCUUCCUGGCGAUGGUGAGUUUCUGUCUCUGCUGUGUCUGCUGCUGUCGCAUGUGCAGUAAGAGAAGACAAAAAAAUGCAGAGAUAAUUGUCAUGAGACAAGAUGGAUCCACAGCUGGAGUCGCCUUGCAGGGAACAUCGACAGUAGUGCCAGGAAUUUUGUCAGAUGGUCUUCCUCCGUACCAGAAGCUACACAAUGCUGAAGACGUUGGUGUCUAGCAAUUGUUAAAAAGAGUUUGGGCCUGAAAGUCGAAAAGAAACUCGACUUGAAUCUUAUAAUCACGCUUCUGGUUUAACUUACCCGGAUAUAAUCUGAGCUUGAUGUAUACUCUAAAAAAUAUAUAAGAUUAAUUUGAUGUUCAAGCAACUACUGUUGCCAUAUGUAAUCAUGACCAGAGUUUGUUUCGAGUAUGGGGUGUGUAUCAUAUAUGUGUUUAAUGAAUAUUGCACCAUAUGAGUUAACUGCAAUUUUUCUUUAAAGCCAUUAUAAUGUGGGUUGAAAUUAGUGGGUUGUACUAGAAAACCAUUAAUCAAAUUUUUUUGUUUUG